CGGAGCACUUCCGGAAGAGGUGAGCCUGCUGUGGAGAGUGCUGUGUGUUUCCGGCUGCUUCCUCAGCCUGACAGAGCGCCCUGCUCAUGUAGUGGGUACAGAACAGGCCGUCGGACCUGCGGCCUCGCGUCAUGGACCGGGACCUUCUGCGGCAGUCCCUGAAUUGCCACGGGCCGUCCUUGCUCUUCCUCCUCCGGAGUGAGCAGCAGGACAACCCGCACUUCCGGAGCCUCCUGGGGUCGGCGGCGGAGCCCGCUCGGGGUCCUCAGCCCCAGCCGCACGUACAGGGCAGAAAAGAGAAGAGAGUCGACAAUGUCGAAAUACAAAAAUUCAUCUCCAAAAAAGCAGAUCUGCUCUUUGCACUUUCCUGGAAAUCAGAUGGACCUGCAGCGUCCGAAGUUCACGAAGACAAUGAAGAACAUUUUGCAGUCAUGCCACCUUUAGAGCAGUUCAUGGAGAUGCCUAGUGUGGAUCGCAGAGAGCUUUUCUUCCGAGAUAUUGAGCGUGGUGAUAUAGUAAUCGGAAGAAUUAGCUCCAUUCGGGAAUUUGGUUUCUUCAUGGUGUUAAUCUGUUUAGGAAGUGGCAUCAUGAGAGACAUAUCCCACUUAGAAAUCACAGCUCUUUGCCCCUUAAGAGAUGUGCCUUCUCAUAGUAACCAUGGAGAUCCUUUGUCAUAUUACCAAACUGGUGACAUCAUUCGAGCUGGAAUCAAGGAUAUUGACAGGUACCAUGAAAAGCUUGCGGUGUCUCUGUAUAGCUCAUCUCUUCCACCACACCUAUCUAAUACUAAACUAGGUGUCAUUACUUCUGAAGAGCUUCCGUUGUACUACAGGAGGAGUGUUGAACUAAAUAGUAAUUCUUUGGAAUCCUAUGAAAAUAUCAUGCAGAGUUCUUUGGGAUUUGUUAAUCCAGGAGUAGUUGAAUUUCUCCUAGAAAAGCUAGGAAUAGAUGAAUCUAAUCCACCAUCUUUAAUGAGAGGCCUACAAAGCAAAAAUUUCUCUGAGGAUGAUUUUGCUUCUGCAUUACGAAAGAAACAGUCUGCAUCUUGGGCUUUAAAAUGUGUGAAGGUCGGAGUUGAUUAUUUUAAGGUUGGACGCCAUGUGGAUGCUAUGAAUGAAUACAAUAAAGCUCUGGAAAUAGACAAGCAAAAUGUGGAAGCUUUGGUAGCUCGUGGAGCAUUAUAUGCAACCAAAGGAAGUUUGAACAAAGCAAUAGAAGAUUUUGAACUUGCAUUAGAAAACUGCCCAACUCAUAGGAAUGCCCGAAAAUACCUCUGCCAAACACUCGUAGAAAGAGGAGGGCAGUUAGAAGAAGAAGAGAAGUUUUUAAAUGCUGAAAGUUACUAUAAGAAAGCUUUGGCUUUGGAUGAGACUUUUAAAGAUGCAGAGGAUGCUUUGCAGAAACUACAUAAAUAUAUGCAGAAAUCUUUGGAAUUAAGAGAAAAACAAGCUGAAAAGGAAGAAAAGCAGAAAACAAAGAAAAUAGAAACAAGUGCAGAAAAAUUGCGUAAGCUCUUAAAAGAGGAGAAAAGGUUAAAGAAGAAAAAAAGAAAAUCAUCAUCUUCCUCUUCAAGUGUUUCAUCUGAUGAUGAGUCUGUUUCUUCUUCCUCAUCCUCCUCAUCUUCCUCUUCUGAUCACAAAAGGCAUAAGAAACAUAAGAGGACCCGUUCAGAGUCUUCUCGCAGUUCCAAAAGGCAUACAUCUAGGGCAUCUUCAAAUCAGGUAGAUCAGAAUAGGAAAGACGAGUGCUACCCAGUUCCAGCUAAUACUUCAGCAUCUUUUCUUAAUCAAAAACAAGAAGUGGAAAAACUACUGGAAAAGCAAGAUAAGUUACAAUAUCCAAAGACACAAGUAAAAGAGAAAGUUAGGUGCCCUUUUUCUUCAUCUUCAGUUGAAAGACCGGAUGAUUUUGGAGGUAGGUCUGAAGAUCCAAAAGAUUCUUACAAUAGCUAUAAAACCCAGGCAGGUGGUAGCAAAAUAGAAAAGCCAUAUAAAUCAGAAAGACAUUUUUCCACUAGAAGAAAUUGCUCAGAUUCCUUCUGUAGGAAUUCAGAGGAUAAAAUGUACAGUUAUAGGAGAUUUGACACAGACAUAGAGGGAAGAAGAGAACAUUACAGAAGGUGGGAGCCAGGUUCCAUGAGGCAUUCCACUUCACCAGCCAGUUCAGACUAUUGGAAGUCAGUGGAAAAACACAAGAAGUACACUUACCCUGGAUCACAUGAUUUCAGUAGACAUGAGCAAAGGUACCGAUUAAAUGUCAGUCAAGGAGAUUAUGAAAGAGAGGACAGUUCUAGGGAAGAUAACAAAGCACAGGUUCCAGAAGAUGAUGGAUUAAGUAGCAAAGAGCAGUCAGAAAGCAAAGUUAAAAAAAAUUUACCUCAAAAUUUACUCAAUAUAUUUAAUCAGAUAGCUGAAUUUGAGAAAGAAAAAGGAAAUAAGCCAAAAAACUAAUAUGUCAAGGAAAUUUGUACUCUUAUACUAAGCACUAGUAAAUAUUGUAUAUCUCAUUUGUAACAAUCUCAUGCAGAAACCCUGCUAAAAUUGUAGAGCUUAUAGAAAGCUAAUCUGAUCUGUUUCAGUUGUAGGUCCCUUUGUCACAAAUUGAAUUUUGGGCUUUCCAUGAGUAUGUACAGUAUAUUUCUUACUAUGACAAUUUAAAUUUCUUUACCUAAAUGAAAGGUAAUUCUCUGAAAACAUUGCUUCAUUGUAUUAUGGUAUAUGCAAAUUCCUGGGCCCAUCCUAUGUUGAUGUUUGGCAGAAAGUUAAAUUUGUGCAUUAAAUGCUUGAAUCAUUUCAUCAAAAAUAACUUUUCUGUUAAAAGCCCUCAGAUUGUGAAAGAGCAUGUUUGAAUGUCUCUUGAGUACUAUUUUACAUCAUGUUUAAUUUUUUUUGGUUUUAUUCUAAAAUAGAAGAUCACAUCUAUUAAUUGGCCUCCAAAAAGCCUAAUUUAAUUAAAAGUGAUCUGUGAACACUCCAUGGCUUUUACUCAGUUAACAGUUUUCAAAUAAGACCAGGAAAGUUGACUAAGAGUCUGUUUUGCUUGUUUAUCCAUUAUUGGGUUUUUUUGUUUUUUGUUUUUUGUUUUACUUUUAGCAUUACAGCCAUAAGAAAUUUAACCUUAAGCACUGUUAAGACCCUUAGAGACUGUUUCUAGUCAAGAGUAGAUCAGAAUAGAAACCUUUUAGCAGAAAUAGCAGUGGUAGGGAAGCACCCUGUAAGUCUGUUACUUCUCUGGGGAAAGACAAAUAGGGAACUGUCCUAGUAUUGCAAAUGCUCUGUUCACAAAUUGUGAAGCCUAUUUUUAAAUAGCUUAGGACUAGCCUGUUUUUUUACUUUUCUUCCUUAUUCUUAGCAUCUCACUUCAAGUACUGCCUCUUAAGAUCUGAAUAAAAGACUAGGCCAACCAUAGCUUAAUUUUACUCAGAAUAAAUUUCAGCAGCUACAACUAAAGAAGGAAGGGUCUUGGAUUUUAAAGAUCUUCCCCAAAUUACUAAAUAUAGUAAUCUGGGAGUUACUGGGAAAGAAGUAUAAUUUAAUUGUUGGGAUUGUGGUGCUUUUUAGAAUCUUCGUAAUGUAAGAUUCUAGAAGCUGUAAAUGGUGAUGAAAUUUUAAUCCGAUCACAAGGCAACAGAGGAUGGGUUUAGGUGGAAGCAUAGGUGGGUAUCCAUCUACAAAGGUCCCAGUAAGAAUGAUAAAGGAAGAGACAAUUCCACCUGUCAGCUUGCCACCAGUAAAAUACCAAACCUUUAAUACUAUUAAUGUCAUUUGUGUCCUUCAGUUUGUAGUGAUGUGUGAGCCUAAUGGAAAAAUCUGAAAUUUGUUUUGCAGUGGAACAGGGAAAAGAAAUCCUGGUUAAGAACAUAUCUAAUGACAAUAGGAAUAGGCUAAAUCAUUCCUGCACUGACAGUCUUUGCAAGAAGAAACUCAGUGUUGUAUGUAUUAAUAGUUCUGUCAUCCCUACACACUUGUACAUCAUGGAGUUUUUGUUGUGCUUUGAAGUACUGAGGAUUAUUUCUAGACAGGGCCUUUUACCAUUGAGCUACACAUCCCAAACUAUUUUUUGUUGUUGAGAUAGUGUAGCUCAAGUUGGCCUCAAACUUGACAAUCUUUCUGCCUCAGCUCCCAAGUAGCUGGGAUUACAGGUGUGUGCCAUUGAACCUGGCCAUAACAAGCUUUUCAGAAAGCAAAAACUACCUCUUGCAUAGCCCCUUGACACUUGAGAAAACCCUAGCACAGCUCCAAACUUUACACAUACCAUUUUACCUCAGUGUUAAGAUAGUGCCUUAUCUUUUAGGCUAAUUGAAUUUAAGAAUUCCUUCUUUCCCAGAGUCUCUUGAAAUAUACCAGAUUUAAGCAGAGCCCAACCAGUUUCUAACAGCCCAUCACAGGAAGAAAA